AUUUAGAUGAACCGGGCCUUGGCCAUGAACCCGUAAGGCGCGGUUUUUACCAUGCGUCGUGCUCUCGUUUGUCAACCGCUUCCGCGUUGACGAGGAGGAAAGUAGGGCUUCCUCGUGAUUCAUCUCAUUUUCCCCUCUUUCUAAAAAAACUAGGGUUUUGCCGUGAGAGGCGAUUUUUCGUACGACGACGACUCCCGGAGAUUUGCUCCACCUAAUCGACGACGAUCUCUAGUAUCCACGAGCGUAGGUGAGUAUCGAGUAGUUUUACAGAUUUUUUGGGUCGAUUUUGAAGCCAUUAUUGGAUUUUGAAAAAAAUUUGGAGGUUUCGAGUAAGGGAUUUAAAUCGAUAUAUGGGUUUUGAUAAAGGGUUGUAGAUCAUGAUGGUGGUUUGUUUUAGGGUUCUUUUCUCUGAGUUUUCAAAUCGAGUUAGGGGUUUCGAGUAAUGUUUGUAAAUCGAGUUAUGGGUUUUGUUUUAUGGUUUAAAUCGUCAUGAGGGUUCGAUUUUGGUUUCGUUUAAUCCUUUUGUUUCGUUAUUAAGGUUUAAUUUUGACAUAAUUUUGAAUUAUUUUACAGAUGGAUCCGGCAGAAGAUAGAAGACAUUCAAAGAGGCAAAACCACCACAUCAACAUGUUAGGGUUCGUGGCCGAUUCCGAGGACGGGAUUCCUAGAAGGUGUCCGUGUGGUGGGAGACUCAUUAACGAGGUUCGCGGGAAGGAGGACUACGACAUUCUUCCUGGGAAGCGGUUCUUCACGUGCAAAAACUAUGAGGUAAAGUCUCUUGUGUAAAACUACACUUUAAUAAGUUGUAUAUCAUUGUUGUUAUUGCUGUCAAUCGAAAAGACUCUGAUUAUUCUUUAUGUUGUAACCAAGGCUGAUGGGUUCCAUUAUCGUCAGCCUUGGGUGAUAGGUGUGCAGGAGGAGCUGUAGAGGCUGACUAAACGGGUGGAGGAGGCUGAGCAGGUGAUGAUGGGGGGUCUCGAAUCUCACUAAACAGAUUGAGACACUUGAGGUUAGUGAAACAUUGCUCUUUCAUCGCUGUAAUUAUUUUUUCCAUAUAUUUUUAUUACAGUGACUAACACAAAUGUCAUUUAUUUUUCCCAUGUCCAGGAACAGGUUAAAAUCCUCAAUGAGAAGGUCUAUGACCUCACUGUGCAGGUCGAUACCCUCGAGAAGGUCUGCUUCGAUUGACAACCAAAGGUUAGACUCAGCUAAACUAAAUCUCUGGUCAUUGGUAUCUCUCGAUUGAAUUAGAAGUAGAACUAGAACUAGAACGAGAACUAGAUGUAGAACUAAACUAAACUACAACGAGAACUAGAACUAGAACUAGAAGAAGAACUAGAAGUACAAGUAGAUAUUUUAUAAACACACAUUAAUGAUCUGUUGGUUGGUUGGUUGGUUGGUUGCUCUGAUUAAUUUGAAUUGUACUUAGCAUGAGUUAAUUGUUUCGACUGAUUUGAUGUGUAUCUGCUCAUAGGUAUCUAGUAGUUGUGUAAUGGCUUGUGUAAUGAAUUUUGGUUGGUAGAGUUCUUUUAAUUAUCUCUCAUUUCAAACGUAAAAACUACUUUAAAAACAUAGUAACUCCACACUUAAAAUUCACAGAAACAUCUAAACACCAACCCAAACGAAAACACCCCAAACCAAAUAACAUGGCCCCUUUUUCCCUUAACUCUACCGGGUUUGUUAACCUGUUAGCUUCGCAGAGCAGUCCACCAAUAGACGUAGACUUUGCUGAGCCAGGUGUUAACUCUCCCGGGUUAGUUAAGCCUGCGGAAAGGAGAAAGUGGUCAUCCAAAGAAGACCUUGUGUUGAUCAGUGCUUGGUUGAACACCAGCAAGGAUCCCAUAGUCAGUAAUGAACAGAAGUUGGGCUCGUUUUGGAAGCGAAUAGAGGGGUAUUUCAAUUCGAGUCGUCAGCUCAUUGGCUCUGCUCCUAGGGAGUGGGGUCAAUGUAAGCAGAAGUGGGGAAGAGUGAAUGAGCAGGUUUGUAAAUUUUUGGGAUGCCAUGAAGCGGCGUUUUUAACAAUUGUCUUAGAAGCUGUGGCAUCACAAGAUCUUUGGAUAUGACACGCAUUUUUCGGAUUACCAGGUACCCUCAACGAUAUCAAUGUUCUUGAUCGGUUACCAGUUUUUGAUGACAUCUUACAAGGUCGAGCACCUAAAGUUAAGUUCAAGGUCAACAACCACACUUAUCGUAUGCCCUAUUAUCUUACUGGCGGAAUUUAUCCAAAUUGGUCAACAUUUAUCCAAUCCAUUCCACUUCCUCAAGGUCGUAAGGCAGAGCUAUUUGCUGAACAUCAAGAAUCCUGUAGAAAAGAUGUCGAACGUGCUUUUGGAGUUUUGCAAUCGAGGUUUGCAAUUGUUAAAAACCCAGCUCUACUAUUGGACAAGAAAAAGAUUGGAAAGAUAAUGAGAACUUAUGUCAUAUUACACAAUAUGAUAGUAGAAAACGAACGACACGGAUACGCUCAAAUUGAUACAUCUGAGUUCGAGACAGGAGAGUCAAGCAGAAGUUCCAAGGUCAAAAGGAGAGAAAGUAUUCAUGUCGAUAAUAUGUUAGGCAUUCGCAGAGAAGUUUGAGAUACAGAAAAGCAUGAUCGUUUGAAAGCUGAUUUAAUGGAGAAAGUAUGGCAAAAGUUUCGUGAUGAAGAUGAAUAAUCUUUGUAUUUUCUUGAAAUCUCAAAUGUAUGAAUUCUGAAAUGUAUUGAAUAAAACUUUUAUGUAAUUUUUUUAUGUAAUAUAUUCUUAAUGUAUUGAAUAAAAAGUUUUAAAAUAUUUUUAUAUAUUAUUAUAUUUUAUUCAUGAAAUGUCAAUAUAUUGAAAAUUUUUAAAAAAAUUUAAAAAUAAUAUUAUUUUAUUCUUAUGAACCCUUCUUCAGGUUCACUAAUGCAAGAACACAAUAGAUAGAGGUUCAUCAUUAUUCAAUGACCCACCAAAAAUAUAUUUAAAAAAUCCUAUUAACCACCACUAAUGCGGAUGCUCUUACGGCCCCAUAUAUUUAGUAUUGCCGAUUGCGUGUUUUAAAAACAAACUUUUUUUAAAAAACAAAUUUACAUACAUUCCAUACACCAAAGAAGCAUUAACGGUGGUUAAAUAUUUUUACAGAUUUUUAUAGCGAAAAUAGUUAUUAUUAAAAAUGUAUUUAUUUCAUAUAUUAAAUAUUAAAUUUUAUUUCUAAAAUUUAUAUUUAAAAAAAAAACUUAAUAUACAAAAUAUUUUUGAAAUUUUAAUAUGCUUAAUUUGUAAAAAACGUUUUAAACCUUUUGCAUAUAUAUAAAUUAAAUAGGGCAAUUCUCUCAAAUAGUUAUAUUUUAAGUUUUUGUCACAUUAAUAGUCUUCAAUAAAGUAUAUGACCAAAAUAGUUUCUUUUUAUUUUGAAAGUUUUUAUUUUUAUUUUUUUUAAUUUGAAACUUUUUACAACAGAUUUGAUGAAGAGUGAAUGAAAUAUUGAUGAAAUAAUAAAUAUAAUAAAUGUAUUUCAAAUAUUUAAAUGAUUACAAGAUUUUGAUCCAAAUGUCCAUCUAUUUCAUAAGGUCAAACUCAAACCAACUAUAUUAUUAAAACUGAAGUACACUUUAGUAUUGUUUGGAAACAUAAAUAGUAGUAUAACUGAGAAUUGUUUGGAAAUGUGGAUAGCAAUAUUACAUUAAUUGUAUUUCCAUAUUUGACUCAUAUCAACAAAUUUAUUAAUUAUAUUACCUUAACAAUAUUUCACAUCAUUAAUUAUAUUACCGUGAUACCAAUAGUGUAGAUUUUUAUUUAUUAGUUAAUCAAUAUUUAUUUUGUGUCAAUUAUAAAAUAAAAUAAAAAGUAAAAUAACUAAGUUUUGCAUAAGGUUAAACGUUUGGUUUAGUUUGUUUUACUAAAAACUUUUUUUUUUAGUUUCAAUCGGUGGAAAUUACGUAUCCAAAAACCCAAUUCAAAGACAUGUUUUGUGAAUAAAAUCAUAACUUAAAUCAAAAUAAUAAAACUGAAUUACAUUUAUUGUCACUUAAUUUUCACUCAAUAUAAUUGUCUUACUAAAUAAAAACUCAUUCUAUUUCACUUAAUUUAGCCAAAUACAUAGAUUAAGUCUUUUUAUUAGUUUAUAAAAUCAGUUAGGCAUGAACACUAGAUAUUCACUUAGGUACGAGCUGUUCCUUUUGGGUAUAGUUUUUUUUUGUUUUAAAAUUACUCCCUCUUUUAAUAUUAUAAAUUUAUGUGUGUGUUUUGAGUUGGAUCUUUUUGAGUCUGGAUGAGUUCGGUUCUGAUGUAUGACCCUAAAAAUAUCUAAAUAACCAAUGUAUUGAAACGUUUUAGAUAUUUGUACCUUAAAUAACCAUAUUAUCCGAUUUGAUCCAAGUCUUUUGAAUACAAUUAGUUAUAUUACGACAUAUCUUAAAUAUAAAACACUAAUUAUGAAAACAAAUAUUAAUGUAUACAAAUAUAAGUAUAGUGUUCUUUUAUUAAUUUGAUUAAUUAUAUUACUUUAACAAUACAUCACAUCAUUAAUUAUAUAUACCGUAACAAUGGUUCAAAUCAUUAAUUAUAAUAUACCACCAAAGAUUUUUUAUUUAUUAGUUAAUCAGUAUUAACUAUGUGCAAUUAUAAAAAAAAAGAAAAAUGUAAGAUAACCGAGUUUUGCAUAUGGUUAAUAGUUUGGUUUAAUCUGUUUUAUUAAAACUUUCUUUUGUCUUAAUUUCAAUUGGUGAAAAAUUACAUAGCCAAACACAUAAGUCAAAGGCAUAGUUUAUGUGAACAAAAUAAUAAUUUAAAUCAAAAUAAUUAAAACAUAUUAUAUUUAUUGUCCCUUAAUGUUUCACUUCAUAUAACUAUUUUACUAAAUAAAAAUUUCUUUCUAUUUUUUCUAUUUUUCCAAAUAUUUAGAAAGAGUUUUAUUUUUUAUUUAUUUACAGAAUCAGUUAGGUAUAGACAUUCGAAUACUCAUUCAGAUACAAGUUGUUUCUUUCGGUAUUAUUCUUUUUGGAUUUUGAAAUUAGGCGUUCUUGGAUAUUAUAAAUUUAUGUAUGACAUUUGAGAUGGGUCCUCCGAGGUCUGAAUGAUUUUGAUUAUGAUGGGCAGAAACAUAAAAAUAUCUAAAUAACCAAUGUAUCUGAAACGGAUUCGGAUAUUUGUACCAAAAAUAAUUUUAUUACCUGAUUCAGUCUGAAUCUUUUGAAUACAGUUAGUUAUACGACGACAUAUCUUAAAUAUAUAACACUAAUUAUAAAAUAACGAAUAAAAAUUUAUAAAACCGUAAAAAUUAACCUCCGCACAGGCGUGCGGUUCAAUCUCUAGUGUUAAAUUAACUCCUAAAUUCUUACUAAAUGAACCAAGAAUUUAUUCCUUUUUGUACUUCAUUCUUCCUUUUUCUUUUUUUCUUUUUUUGUUUGAAAAGAGAAAAAUCGAAAUAUUAACACUAAGCUAAGGUAAUGGUUUACAAACAUCUUAUUUAUUUCAUCACUAUUUCAUAGGUUCUUUCGUAUCAGUUACAAAAAAAAGGUUCUUUCGUAUGUACCAAUCCCAGCCGUAACUAUUAUAGAUGGAAAUACAUCGAAUCGAAACUGGAAUGGUAGCACCACUAGUCCCAUAAAGCCGGCACUGAAGGUCAUGCAUGAAUUAAUUAUUUAUCAAAAAAGUAUGAAAUGACUGACUCUGAAAAGAGGUUCAACGUAUUAAAUUCCAUGAAGAUAUUAUUCGUCAUCUCUUUAAGAAUUUCUGAAUCCUAGAGUAGGCCUUGUGCAUCAAGCAUGGAAUGACUUUGGGAAGAGAGAGGUUCAAUGUAUUUAAACUCCAUAAAUGAUGGUUCUAACAGCGCCAACUUUGGUUCGUCGGUUUUUGACGGCUACGGGCAUGUGGUGGUUCUCGUGUUUUUGAUCGUCACAUCGAGCGUUCGGUCUUCACUCACAUCCCAGCAUCUCAUAGGUUUGCUUGAGCCUCUUGUGGUGGUGUGCGGGGUAGUUGUGUGCAGGUUUGGGCUCUGAUUAGGGAUUGCAGAGGUGGCGACCCAUUUUGCUCGGUUCGGCAUCGUGUACAGGCCGUUUCCGGAUCGAAUAAUUGCUCGAUUUGGAUGUUGUGUGUGAAUUGCGUUGCUGCUGUUGCUGUUGUUUGUAUGGGCAUGUGCUUUGAGGCUUUCAGCGAGCUGUUUUCCAGUGGGUCAUUAUCUUUAAGAGUGAAUCAUCGGAGAGACCAAAAUUACUGGGUUCCGACUCUCGGUUGAACUUGGCUCCUCUUUUUGCGGCAAGCUGUUGGUGCGGACUAGGUUGUGUCUUGGGACUGUGGUUAUGGUGGUCGUGUUUGCUUGCCCAUCGCUGAUCGAUCGAAUGUGUGUUUAGGUUUUUAUUUUUGUCAUUUUACUUUUUGUUAUCUUAUAAUUCUGUAACAAAUUUAAAAUUCGGUAAUAAUAUCUUAACAUUUUUACCCCAAAAAAAACUCCAUGAAGAUCAUUUUCGUCACCACAAAACAAUCUCUGAAUCCUUAUAUUUGUCGUACCAUUUGAUGGACGUAGGCCUAAUUUUUGGGCUUUAAGCUUCCUUACAGGCCCAAGUUCUUAUGCAUGCAUUUUCCAUUUGAGUUUUCAGAAGAGUAUGAUUUCGGCCUAAAUCAUAUGGCCUUUUUCUGAAUCACUGCAUAUGGAUACAGUAGAAUCAGGCAUAGAUUGACUUUGAGACGAGGUUCAAUGUAUCAAACUCCAUGAAGAUCCUUUGUCUGAAACGUACUACUUUUUAAGAUUCCCCGUACUUUACAAUAGUCCCAUAGGAUCUCCUUUUCUUUUAUUUUCUUGUGUCAGAAGAUGCUCAUAGCUCUUGUAACGGAGACAGACCAUUAUCUUAACUCAUAAUCUUGUGACUCUUGUCUCUUUUUCUCAACAAUGCUUUAGAUUAAUCAUAAAAUAAACAAAGCCAGGCUUGAAGCACUCAAUCGAGUUUAAAACAUUGUAAUAAAUUGUAGGUUAUAUGCUUUGGGUGAAUCAGAGGACAAAGCAAUGAACCUCUCUCCUAUAAAUCUUAACCAGCAGAUUUGGUAUUUUAUUAACAAGUAAACAUUUCAGUGCGGAAGUACUAAAAUUAUUAUGUGUUAGUAUAUAUAAGUUAUUAGGUUAUUUUUGUAUGCAUGGACCGAAGAAAUUCAACAAUAGGUAGUGGAAACAAUAACUUCCCACAACUACCGGUUCGUUAUGUUUACCAAAUCAUCGAUGCAAGCCCAUACUUAAACCAACGUAACAUCCCCAAAUGCAUGUGAUAAUGAGCGAAACAGUCAUUAGUAGUCCUUAGAAAUUAUAAAGUCAUGUAGUGAUUAGUGAACAUGACCUAACAUUAUCAUGAUUCUAACUGUUCAACCAUUUGUGUCAAGCUUAACAUUACCAACUUAUUGAGCUUCCAUAUAUAGUAUGAUCAUCUCUAAACAAGAUCUAGAUAGCUAAAACGUCGCUUAGUGUUUCAAGCCAAUCCAUCAUUAGUGUCAUGUGAGGGGUACAGUAUAAUCCGCUGAUCUCUUGAGUUCAUGUCUCAUAUACUUUCAAUGUAUAUGAAACUUGAAGUUUCUCAGUGAGAACAGUUGUUUCUCCUUGUCAAUAUUUUUACAUUGUUUUCUUUCAAGCGAAGCAAUUCUUCUUAAAAUAAAUCUCACUUUCAAAACGAAGUUCAAUGUAUCAAAUCGCAUGUAGAUCUUUUGUCUGAAACGUACAACUUUUAAGAUUCACCGUACAUUAACAUCAUCUCAUGAUCUAGCUUUAUUCGUAUACAUACGACCUACAUAAUUCUUUUCUCUAAGUAAACAAAUUUAAUAUACACGCAUAGCUCUUGUAACGGAGACAUACAUAUUAAUCAUGUCUCACUCAACUAUACCUCGAGUUGAUCAUGAACCCGAUGACAGCCUUGAAGCACUCAAUCACAUUUUUAAAAAACUUAUAGUAAAAUGGGUUUGAGUGAUUGAAUCAUGGGACAAAACAUUGAACCGCCCUCCUAAAUCCUAAUCAAUAUUAUAUAGAGACUUUUCUUAAUAAAAUAACUUUGUUAGGGUUGCAACAUCUUUCUCUUCACGACCGUCUUGGGAAGUUGUCCAUAACAAACAAACAAAAAAUGGGAAUUAUUAAAUGGAUGAAAAAUGAACAAAUGGAUGAAACAAAAGAGAGUUGAAAUCUGAAAAAAUGGUCUGCAACAAAUGUUCCCAUGUCUCCUUCUGACAAGCCCACUCUCUUCAGCUAAAGCAACAUAUUGACAUGGCUCCAUUUAGCUCUGGUCCUCUGAAGUCUGAAGUUAGUUUCACGUUCAAAAGCAGAGCAUUGAAAGCUUCCUUCACCUUCCAUGUGCGUCGUGGCUUAACCCAACAUUCACUGUACAUAUAAUAUUAAUUAUCCACAUGUUUCCCUCACAUGCCUUCACUCAUAUAUAUACCCAACUUCUCCUUUCUUUCUCUUCAGCAGAACAAAGAAACAUGGCAUUUCCUGAAACCCAUCUCCAUAUGCCCAUUAGAUCUAUAAGUCUUCCAUCAAGAAUCCAUCCUCCUUCAGCUAAAUUCCAAGCUGCACUCUCUCAACUUCACACUUGCCAUAACUCAUCAUCCUCUGAUUCUCAAUCUCUUCAAAUAUCAUUGCUCAACCUCUCUGAGCUUUACCAUUCCCUCCACCAGCUCAAUCACUCUCUUCCCACCGCUCAAGCCGAACAUUCUCUUGACGUGUCAACCACGUUACUAGACUCUUGUGACGCAGCGAGAAACUUAAUCCUCAAUCUUAGAGAGCAUCUCCUCAGCCUUCAGUCUGCACUUAGGAGAAAGGGAAAAUCCAUGGAAGUCCAGAUCAAAGAGUACUUUGUCUUCAGAAAAAAGAUCAAGAAAGAGACUAGCAAGCUUGUUCUUGGCCUCAAGAAGCUGGAUGGCUCUGAGACCACUGCCUUAGCUGUUUCACUCUUUCGAUCCCUUUUCACCUUUCUUUCGACAGCAUCGGCCAUGAAGACAAACACAUGUACUCUCAGAUUUGUCUCUAAGCUUAUUGGUGGUGGUGGUCGAUCGUCGACGUCAAUAAUGAGCGAGUUGCAUAAUCUGGAUUUGGUUUUGCGUUCGGAUGGAGACAACUCCAAGGAAGUGAAGAAGGCUCUGGAGAUAUUAGAGGAGAGAACAGAGGGGCUUGAAGCUGCACUUGAUUCUCUUUUCAAGUCUCUUGUCCAAUAUAGAGUUUAUUUGCUUAACAUUCUUACAACACACUCUUAGUUAGUUCUAAUUGUACACAAAACAUAUAUAGAAAAACAUACAAAUUCUCAUAGUGAAGAUUAAUCGUAACUGUAAUCCGCUAAUUAAAGCUACAUAAUAUCAAAGUGUUCUUCAUCCCCAGGAGUUUUGUAAGAUUUUGUGUCCGUACUUCUCUUACAGGUUUAUUGUGGCAAAUGGAUAACGUGUCGCUCUAGCAUUGGUAUCCUUCCCUCGUGCACAUUAUUUGUUUAAUGUUAAAUCUUGACACAACUACCAAUGAUAAAGUCAUCAUCAAGAUCUUUAAUUUCGGAUGAUCUAGUGGUUUUAGUUAAUCGCUAAUUACUUCAUGAAUAAAAAAAGGAGAGAUCAGUGGAGCUUUGAUUCCCCUUGUCCCCACACAUCAAUACAUGCAACAGUUCAAAUUUGCUAAGAUGCCGGCCCCAUUGCAUUUUUAUAAUACAUAAUCAUAAGACAAUAAUACAUAUAAAUAACAAAAUUAAAAAAAUAAGAUAUUAAAAAAUAAUCAAUAUAAUAAAUGGUUUACAUUAUUGUUUUUCCCUAAAAAGAGGCAUGUAUAAAGUUAUAAACAACAACUAACAAUAAAUCUA